UUAAUCUGUGUCAGUUUUUGCUCGUCUGCUUCCUGAUUACAUCCUGGUUUAUCAUAAAUUAGCUUUGACUUGCAGAUUGUCGUUCAUCUAUCUGAUCUCCGUAGAAAUGAGUUCCCAAGUCCGACAAAACUUCCACCAGGACUGCGAGGCUGCAAUCAACAGACAGAUCAACCUGGAGCUGUAUGCCUCCUAUGUUUAUCUCUCUAUGGGAUUCUAUUUUGACAGGGAUGAUAAAUACCUUGCAAAUUUUGCCAAGUUCUUCAAUGACCAGUCGAAAGAGGAGCGUGAGCAUGCAGAGAAGCUGAUGAGUCUGCAGAACCAGCGUGGAGGCAGGAUUUUCCUGCAGGACAUCAGGAAACCUGACAGAGAUGAAUGGGGGAGCGGCCUGGAGGCCCUGGAAUGUGCCUUGCAGCUUGAGAAAAGUGUAAACCAAUCUCUGUUGGACCUGCAGAAAAUGGCAGCCGAACACAACGAUCCGCAUCUGUGUGACUUCAUAGAAACCCAUUUCCUGGAUGAGCAGGUGAAAUCAAUCAAGCAGCUGGCAGACUGGAUCUCAAGCCUGCGUCGCAUGGGGGCCCCUCAGAACGGGAUGGCCGAGUACCUCUUUGACAAACACACCAUGAAAGAGGAAGCUAGUUAAACCGCCGCGCAGCCGCUCAUCAUCCUCUACAU